GAAAAGGCAGGCUUCUUCUUUUUCUUUUCACUACCCCAAGGCUCUCCGGCCUCCCCUCCUAUUUUCAUUAAUUUUUUCAACAUUGUUCUUUUUUGAAGUAAUAGUCAAAGCUUUUUCCUUUGGUUGGAUAAACUGUUCAACCUUCAUGUCUAGUCCCUUUCUUGCGACACAGCGGUUUACAUCGAAAUGAUGCUGAUGGGUAAAAGGCCCUUUUAAAUUAUAGGGGAGGUUCCUGUACAUGGUCUUGGAAAUAAUGGAUCUUGCAAGCCCUAAAUACUUUCAAGCCUCAUCUUUUGGGGUAAUAACGGAGUUGAUUAUUGAAUUGGGUUUUUGAAUGUUUAUCAGGGUUCUGGGUUUGUGUUGCUUUAAUUUGGGUGUUUUGGUUUUGUGAUUCAGGGACCGCCAUUGGAAACGAGCACGAGCUUUUAUGGGAAUAGCAAAGGGAACCCUUUUGGGGAAGCUUUUCCAGACCCACUUUGCGAUCUCAAUCUCAAGGAGACGUCUGAAUUUGUGAAGUCAUUUCCAAUGGCAGCGGUGAACGGCGGCGCAGAGAGUCGAGGUGGGUUUUUUCCAGUGCAGAGAAGGAAAGAGGGAGCUAACCCAGUCACCACAGCCCAGAGGAGGGUAGCGGAGGCUCCCUCCACACCAGGACGACCUGUUUUCAGCUUUGGCGGCGGUAGCCUUGCCAGGAAGAGCAUUCCUUCAAAGUGGGAUGAUGCAGAGAAAUGGCUAAUGAGCAGUUCCUGCCAUAGCUCUCCGGCACACACCUUUAAACCGUCGGAGUCCUCAAAGAUUACCAAACAGAUGGUGGUUUUAGCAGAGAAAUCAAGGGUUGUAGAGCAAGAAAUCCCCAAGCUCGUCUCAACCUUUCAAGGCUCUGUGUCUUUGGACCACCAUAACUCAGCCAGAGGAGCUUUUAAUGGGGUCUCUACUUCUACUGAUGUUCUUCUAAAAGACAAGUUCACGGAUGAUGUGGAACCAGUUUUACCGAAUUUGAGAUACUUGGAACCCUCAAAAGAAGGGUUUCUUUUCCGGAACUCAGCCUGUGAAACCAUGAAAGAUGCGGGCACCGAGGUACCCCAUGAUGUUAAACAUAGAGAUGUUGGGACAGAGAUGACUCCUCUUGGGAGUUCCACAACAUCCAGAUGCCACACACCAUUCAAGAGCUCAUCCCCUGCACGACACAACACACCAGCCGAUAGGUCCGGACCGUUGGUCUCUGACAACUCCAACAGCUCCAACAGCACAAUUGACAUUUCCCAGUUACAAGAGUGCCAUUUAGCUAAACUACAACUUGGGACACAAUAUGACUCUAUCGCAUCAAAUUGGAGCACAAGGGAGGAGGAAGAGGAAGAAGUAUCAAAAAGCCUUAGACAUUUUGAAACAGGCAAUGCAUUCCGGAAAAGCAUAUCAGAUUCUAGGGCUGCUGCUUGGGAGGAAGAGGAAAAGACUAAGUGCUGCCUUAGGUACCAGAGAGAAGAAGCAAAAAUCCAAGCUUGGGUAAACCUCCAAAGUGCAAAGGCAGAAGCUCAAUCAAGAAAGCUUGAGGUGAAAAUACAAAAGAUGAGGUCUAACCUGGAAGAGAAGUUAAUGAAGAGGAUGGCAACUGUUCAUAGAAAAGCCGAGGACUGGAGGGCAGCUGCGCUGGAACAGCAUACCGAUCAAAUUCAGAGGGCAGCAGAGGAAGCACGGAAGAUGAACCGACCCAACUCGCUCCUUUCCAGCCACAGCUUAUGUGGUUGUUUCCCCUGCAAUAACACUUACUAAUGGAGAGGCAGAAUGAUAUAUAUACUUCCAAUGUGCAUGUUAUUGUUUCCUGCUAUAAGAAACUUCGAGAUUACAU